CGGAUCGGGGAGCUCGGGGAGCUGCGGCGGGAACGCCGGGACUGCGGAUCGGGGAGCUGCGGCGGGAACGCCGGGACUGCGGAUCGGGGAGCUCGGGGAGCUGCGGCGGGAACGCCAGGACUGCGGAUCGGGGAGCUGCGGCGGGAACGCCGGGACUGCGGAUCGGGGAGCUCGAGGAGCUGCGGCGGGAGUGGCGGAAGGAUGAUUUCCGAAAGCAGCUCCUUCAUCAAGGGUGUGGUGCUUGGAGGAGCCUUCUGCAUGCUGGUUACGCUCCUCGGACACAUUAAGGUGGGCCAUGGGACCAAAGCACAUCACCACGAGCAUCAUCACAUCCAGGCUCCCAAUAAGGAAGAUGUCUUAAACCUUUCAGAAGGUGAACGUGUGGAGCUUAGUAAAAGCAUCCGUGUUUACUGUAUCAUCCUUGUCAAACCAAAAGAUCUGGGGCAUUGGGCAGCAGCAAGGGAGACCUGGAGCAAGCACUGUGACAAGGCAGAAUUCUACAGCUCGGAAAAUGUCAAAGUGUUCGAUUCUGUAUCCGUCAACGCAAAUGAUUUGUGGGCGAUGAUGCGGAAAGCUUACAAGAUAACAUAUGAACGCUAUAAGGAUGAAUUCAGCUGGUUCUUCCUUGCAUAUCCAACGACAUUUGCUAUAAUUGAAAAUCUCAAGUAUUUCUUACUGAAAAAAGACCCCUCACAGCCUUUUUACAUAGGCCACACUGUGAAAUCUGGUGACCUUGAGUAUGUAGAUGGCGAGGGAGGAAUCGUCUUAAGUAUUGAGUCACUAAGACGACUCUCCGGUGUUCUUGGAGACCCCGACAAGUGUCCAGAGCAGGGAGGUAUGAUUUGGAAACUCGCAGAGGACAAACAGCUGGCAAUCUGCCUGAAGUACACUGGCGUGUUUGCUGAAAACGCUGAAGAUUCAGAAGGGAAAGAUGUCUUUAACACUAAAUCCGUCGGAGCACUCAUUAAGGAGGCCAUGUCCACUCACCCGCAGCAGGUGGUGGACGGCUGCUGCUCCGACAUGGCCAUCACCUUCAGCGGGCUGGCCCCCAACCACAUGCACGUGAUGAUGUACGGGGUGUACAGGCUCAGGCCCUACGGCCACUCGUACAGUGAUGCCCUGGUCUUCCUGCCCCCACCAGGCUCGGACAAUGACUGAUGUGUCCUCAGAGGAGGCAUGGAACCGUGGAGUCGGCUCUUCUCACAAUACACAGUUGUACUGACACAUUAUGGUACUGGUAUACGGGGAUUUUUUUGCACAUGGAGGGUUGGUAAAGCUCUUAAUUUUAAAAGUGGAAAGAGAAUUUUUUUCUAAAUCUUUUAUAGAGAAAUGCUUCUGGCUUUUGACAGUGCUGGAAUGAAAUGAUAAGAAAAGCUGUUAAUGGUUAUUGUGAAAGGAAAUUAAAUUUAUAGGGGGGAUUUGCACAUGUAAAUAUUUAUUAAUGAAAACUCAAAUGAACUUUAGUCUACUCUUACAAAUAUAUUUUUGUAAGACUUUGAUUAUUUCAGUUCUUCCCGGCAUUUCUAGAAUGUCUUUAUAUCUUUCUAAGAUGUACCAAUAAAACUGGCUACAGAUUCAGUCUCA